UACAACAUUUUCACAGCGUGUCCCUUGAUUGCCUCUCUAGUUUUAUUUCUUGAUGUCUUCUGCUUCUCCCUUUAUGUUUACAUCAUAAACACAUAUGUUUACAUAUUGUGUGUGUGUGGAGGGGUACAUGUGGAAGCCAGAUGUCCCUUCAGGGUUAGUGUUCAGGAGCUGUCUACCUUGCUUUUUGAACUGGGUCUUUUGCUGGAACCUAGGGCUUGCCAUUUUUUAGCUCGGCUGGCUGGCCACCAAGCCCCAGGGAUCUGCCUGUCUCUACGUCCCCAGCACUGGGAUUGCAAGCCUAUGCCAUUACGCCUGGCUUUUUAAAUAGGCACUGGAAAGCAAGCUCAGGUCCACAUUCUUGUAGGACAAGCAUGUACACUUUUGGUUUUUCAUCAGCUGUAAAUUGGUGUUAAUUAAAAAAAAAAUUCUUACAGAUCUUAAAAAUUGUACAGAAUUUCAAGAUGAGUGAUACUUCUGAAGUAAUUGCAAAUUUUGAAGAGAUGUUCGCAAACAGAUUCACAGAAGAUGACAAAGAGUACCAGGAAUACUUGCAGCGCCCUCCCGAAUCCCCUCCCAUUGUCGAGGAAUGGAAUAGCAGAGCUGGUGGUAAUCAAAGAAAUAGAGGCAGCUGGCUGCAAGAUAACAGACAGUUUAGAGGUAGGGAUAACAGACGAGGAUGGCCGAGUGACAGUCGAUCAAAUCAGUGGCGUGGACGGUCAUGGGGUAACAACUACCCACAGCAGAGGCCGGAGCCUUACUAUCAACAACAGUACGGACAGUACCGUCAGAACCAGCGGCCUCCGUAUGGUCACUACUGA